GGCCGGUCAGAAAUAUGCAGGACUAAAGGAGGACAAGUCAGCAGCAGGGAGAGGACAAGUCAGCAGCAGGGAGAGGACAAGUCAGCAGCAGGGAGAGGACAAGUCAGCAGCAGGGAGAGGACAAGUCAGCAGCAGGGAGAGGACAAGUCAGCAGCAGGGACAGGACAAGACAGCAGCAAGGACAGGACAAGACAGCAGCAAGGACAGGACAAGACAGCAGCAAGGACAGGACAAGACAGCAGCAAGGACAGGACAAGUCAGCAGCAGGGAGAGGACAAGUCAGCAGCAGGGACAGGACAAGACAGCAGCAAGGACAGGACAAGACAGCAGCAAGGACAGGACAAGACAGCAGCAAGGACAGGACAAGACAGCAGCAAGGACAGGACAAGACAGCAGCAAGGACAGGACAAGACAGCAGCAAGGACAGGACAAGACAGCAGCAAGGACAGAACAAGACAGCAGCAAGGACAGGACAAGACAGCAGCAAGGACAGGACAAGACAGCAGCAAGGACAGGACAAGACAGCAGCAAGGACAGGACAAGACAGCAGCAAGGACAGAACAAGACAGCAGCAAGGACAUGACAAGACAGCAGCAAGGACAGGACAAGACAGCAGCAAGGACAGGACAAGACAGCAGCAAGGACAGGACAAUUCAUCAGCAAGGAAAGAGCAAGGAUGAAUAUGGAGGGGUCAAGGAGAGGCCAGGGGGCAAAAAUGGGUAA